AUGCACAUGGACUCAGUUUGUUUUUAUGACCAUUUGGUGAUAAUAAAAAAUCCAACCUACAUUCAGUCGAAAAUAGCUGGCAAGUUAAGUAAAGGAAACUCAGAUACUGAAAAUCCUUCUCAUGGAGAUGUACUUGAAUAUUUGUGUAAACUUCUUUCUGAAGCUUUAAAGGAUAGAGUGUCGCUUGUUUGCCCAGUUAGCAUUCCACUUCAGGGUAAAGUAAGUUAUGGGCAUUUACACGAAUUUCAGAGUGAUUUCCAAGCUAUUGGUCUCAAAUAUAUUGGUCAAAUCACCCAUGCACUUCUUACUAAAGGACCCCAGAGCAAUACUCCUGCUGGUAAUGAAUUUCGUAGCUUUUGGGGAAAGAAAUCUGAACUUCGACGAAUUGAUGGAGAUUUGUGCGAAUGUAUUGUCUGGAACAGUGAAGUAAAUGUUUGCAUGCAGAUUAUCAAUUAUAUUUUUGGAAUGCAAUUUAAUGUCUCAUCAGAUAGGAGUAGAUCAAAUUUUUGGUAUCAUAUUGUUCCUAACCGUUUGGAUCCAUUCAUCACUAUGCAUAGAUUGAGUACAAAGUAUUCUCUAGUGACAGCCUCCUCUCUUCGUCUAAUCAGAGCAAUGGAUAGACUACGCAUAUUACUACGUGGAUUAAACGAGAAACUUCCUUUAAAUAUUACCGGAAUUCUACCAUUGUCUUCAGCUUUUCGUGAUACUGCUGUUUUUCCGCCUAUUGUAUCAGUUCCUGUAGCUGAUCAAUCCGUUUAUGGUGGAAGAAGAAAGGAUGCAAGGGAAAGGAAGUAUUGUACAGCAAAAUGGAUUGUUAAAAAUGUACAUUUUCCUGUUCUUCCUCUUUAUGUUGUUAUUCAUUUGGAACAAUCUGGAAGAUGGCCAAAUGACCUAGAGGCAUUUAGACAUAUGAAACGAUUAUUAAUUAUACGUAUACAUGAAUUACUCUCACCCAAGGGGAUUCCAUCACAUGUCACGUUGGAUAGUAUGCUGGAUAUAUUUCUUGAUGGAUUAGUGUUUCGUGUUUUAAUCGCCCAAUCAAAAGAGCUUAAUUUAAUUCAGAAAUCAACAAAUUCACAAGUGGUUAGAACUAACAAUACUGUUAAUACGCAUGAUGAUAAUAUAUCCACUGAAGUAAUGUGUACUGAUGCGGUGAAUUGGAUUCGUCUGCAUCAAAGUUUGCCAACAGUAGUCGGUACACUAGCUGGUAUCUCACGUAGUUAUGCACAUGUUUUUCCUACUACCUGUCGACUGGCUAAACGUUGGUUAUCAGCACAUGGUUCUCCAGUGAUAUUAUGUCCAUAUGAAUCUGAACUAGACGGCCUACAUAAUUCAUCAGAUUUCUUUCCACAACCUGAUGAAUGCUCUACAGCAAUGUCUGCCUAUUGGUAUAAAGAAGAUAUGAGUAAAGAUGUUAACGGGAGGCGAAUGUCAGAGGUAGCUGUUGAGCUGUUAGUACUCUACGCAUGUAAACUAUGCGAUUCUGUUAGUGUGGAGGCGAAUGAAAGCAAUAACCUUAUUAAUACUACUGUAAUUGGAUCACCGGUCGCGGGAUUCUUACGAUUUCUUGAUUUAUUGGCUACACAUGAUUGGGAAAAUGUUCCUAUAUUGGUUGAUUUAAAUGAAGGAUUUUCAGAUAUCAAUAAACGACGAACAGCCUUGAAUUCAUUUCAUCAUACACCAAGGUGUAAUCUACCUGCUCUAGUCAUCUAUACUCCAUUAGAUUUAACUGGAACAGAAUGGACUGAUAUUGGACCAAGUCGAUCAGGUUUAAGUGAAUUGAAAGUGAUAGCUGGUCAAUCACGUGAUCUUUUAAGAGCUAUGCUUGUCAGUGGAGCUACAAUAAAUGAUCUGAUGGCAAUUUUUCGUCCAGUCUUCAAGAAAACCGAUAUUCUAUUAAAGUUAAAGCAAAAUGUUACCGAAUUACGUCAUUUAGAAUCUAUUAAAGGAGUUCUGAAGGACAAGAAUCUUAGUGUUCCUGAGAAUCAAAGCUCUAAUGAAGUGCCGAUGGAGUUACCAGCACCUGGUGCUCGUUAUUGGCCACGGUUAUUCUGUUAUGAUCCGUUGAAUUGGUUGGUAAAACUGUUACAAUUACGUUUAGGCAAAUACUUUGAGAUAUUUUGGGAUCGUCAUGGUGGUAAUUGGUUAGCAUUGAGAUGGCGUCAACACUAUUCUCAACGACAACAGCAACAACAACAACAAACACAACAGCAAGAACUACAAUUGAGCUCAAACAUGUCGACUGAAUUAAUCCAACCAAUAGUCUUCAGUGUAGAUUCACUUGACGGGUUAACUCAACAUUCAGAAUCCUUUAGGCAGUUAACAGAUCUAGUACUUGUAUAUAAUGAAGACGCAUUGAUUAGACUAUUAACCAGCUGGCUUGGAGAAUUUCUUCGCCCUGUACCAGUUAAAAAUAAGAAGAGGAGGAAUAAUGCUGAUAAUAAGGAUGAAAAUGCACCAAAAUCUAAACGUAUUAAAACAGAAAAACAAAAUGAACAAAAAAACAUGAAAAAGAAGAAGAAAGAAAUCAAAGUAAAACCGCUGAAAAAGAACAAGAAUAAAAAUAAAAAAGAUAAAAAUAAUAACAGUAAAAAUGUGUAA